AUGCCCACCGCCACCGCCCGCAUCGGCGACAAAAUCCUCGCCACCUCGUCCACCUACGCCACGGUCGAGGGCAACGUGUACUUCCCGCCGUCGGCGAUCUCAGACCCGUCGGUUUUCCGGCCGUCCAACACGCACUCGACCUGCCCCUGGAAGGGCACGGCCAGCUACUACGACGUCACGGUGGACGGCGGGGCCACGACGCUCAGGAACGCCGCGUGGUACUACCCCGCGCCGAAGGACAAGGCCGCGCAUAUCAAGGAUCAUGUCGCCUUUUAUACGAACAAGGUCAAUGUCUCCGUGGCAUGA